AUGUCUUCAACAACAGACCCCAACCCCUCCGACUCCCGCCCGGCCUUCAUCCCCCUCGAAGCCAACCCCGAGCUCAUGACAACCCUCAUCCACAAACUCGGCGUCUCAAACGCCCUCGCAAUGCACGACGUCUACUCCCUCACCGACCCAGACCUGCUCGCCUUCAUACCCCGCCCCGCGCUCGCCCUGCUGCUCGUGUUCCCCGUUAGCGCCGUCUACGAGAGUCACCGCAUGGCUGAGGAUAGUCUGGCCGAUGAGUACAAGGGCAAGGGGGAUACCGAGCCGGUGCUCUGGUGGCCGCAGACAAUUAGGAAUGCCUGUGGACUGAUGGGGUUGCUGCAUGCUGUCUGCAAUGGAAAUGCUAGAAGUUUCAUCGAGGAGGAUUCUACGCUUGAUGUGUUGAUCAAAAAGAGUAUCCCUCUUGAUCCCCACGGCCGCGCAAAAGUCCUCGAAACAACACCCGAUCUCGCGACAGCGCAUAAAGAAGCCGCUACACAAGGCGACACGCCCGCGCCCGCUGCAGAAGACGACGUGGAGCUACACUACGUAUGCUUCGCCAAGGGCACAGACGGUGGACUAUGGGAACUCGACGGACGAAGAAAAGGACCUAUUCGACGCGGCGACCUAGAAGACAACGAGGAUGUGUUGAGUCCAAAGGGCUUGGCGCUGGGUGCGCUGAAGUUUUUGGAGAGGGAGGGUGGUGAUUUGAGGUUUAGUGCUGUUGCGCUUGCUGGGUCUAUGGACUAG